UGUCAAUUUCUAAUGUUUACAAAAAAUGGCAACCCCAGUCUUUUUCCGGUGCGCAAGGCAAUAUAAGUACAUAAAACCAUGGCUGAUGUCGAUGUUGAAGUACCAAGCAACCCCGUCCUGAGCGGUGGUGCUAUGGAUGUGAACACAGCUCUCCAAGAAGUAUUAAAGACAGCCCUCAUUCACGGUGGUCUCGUACAUGGGCUCCAUGAAGCCGCCAAAGCUCUCGACAAGAGACAAGCUGUACUCUGUGUUUUGGCUGAGAACUGCGAUGAGGAUGCAUACAAGAAAUUGGUACAGGCCCUCUGCAAUGAGCACCAGAUCCCACUUGUAAAGGUUGACAACAACAAGAAGCUCGGUGAAUGGGCGGGAUUAUGCAAAAUCGACAAAGAUGGCAAAGCGAGAAAAAUUGUCGGAUGCUCUUGUGUGGUAAUCAAAGACUUCGGUGAAGAAACUCCCGCGUUAGAUGUGCUUAAGGACUACUUGAAGUCUUCAAGCUAAUCUUUAGGUGUAAUGAUUUAAAUAAAAUCCCAAAAAAA